GUGACUUGUCAAAUCUACCAACUUGCAAUUUAGCAUCGAAGGCAAAUCCAAAUAAACAAUUUUUUUCUCAAUUUCUCUGCGAAAUAUAUCAAAUUUGAUUCCAAAAUGUCUGACAAACAGAAAGUAGACCUCGGCCUCCUCGAAGAAGACGAUGAAUUCGAAGAAUUUCCCGCUGAAAACUGGGGAACUGAGGAUGCUGAUGAUGAAGACGUGUCAGUUUGGGAAGACAACUGGGAGGAUGACAUCGUACAAGACGAUUUUAAUCAACAGUUGAGGUUACAACUAGAAAAACUGAAGGAACAGAACAAGGCUUAA